UUUAAAACAAUACCCUAUUUUCUGUGGUUUCCCUUACUUCCUUCUGAUUUUGUACUCUGAUUUAUGGAAAAUGCGCUUUAUGAUAACGUUCAGAGUAACCGUGAAGCCAACUUUCAAUUGUCGCUAAGUUUAAAAACAAAGAAGUUUAAACAAAAAUAAAGCAAAAGAUGGGAUGUUUUAAGAUAAGUGACGAGAUAAAGCGGGGGGAAAUCGGUUAGCUCCUAAAAUCCAAUUAAACUGGAGAGUAACGAAAUAAAGAGGCUGUGCCGGAGAGCUGCGGAUGAACAGCAAAUUAUAAAAAGUACAUGGAUCAAACUCUGAUUUCCUGACACGACAACGUUGACCAGUAAAGAUGGCAUCCAAGCCACAGGGAGGAGAGGGCUGUGAAGACAGCGAUAUGUGGGAAAGAUACAACCACCUGAGGCGUCAGAUGAUAGAACUGCUUUCAGGGAAACUGAGCAACAACAGCGUGAUUGGAUACCGAGAGACCAUAGAAAUCCGGAAUAAAUGCUCUUACUAUAUCAAUAUUGUCCUUGAAGACCAGCACAGGGGACAGCUUGACAGAUUUCUCAACCUCCACAGCAUGAUUGAUCCCAGUAAGUAUCUGUUGAUGAAAGAGAAAGCCAACUGCCAGAUCAGGAUCCAACUUUGCUUGCUGGAAAUGCUCUAUGGAGAGAUCAGGAGAGGAAAGGAGAUUCUGGAGCAAAUAAUGAACACAUAUGAGCCCAUGACAGUUGUGCAAGAUAGUGCUUCCAUCCAGCAGAGGCUGGACCAGGUUAACCAGACCCUCCUGGACAUGGAUUCCGUGCUUCUCCCGGGUCACUUAUACGUGCAGCACAAACUCAUACCAGUGACGAGUGCAGAACAGGUACCUGAUGUCCGGCUGGUUUUCGACAUCAAGAUGCCCGUCACCUUCAGAAGGGACGGAUGCAGAGCCCAGGCCACGUCGGUCCAGCUCCGCUGGCACGUGCAAGAGCACGAGAGGUACGGCCCCACGGAGCAUUUUGAGGUGCGCUACACGCUCCUGAACCCAAACACCGCGGAGGAACAGCAGCACACUGGGCCCAUCACGACUUACUAUUUCAGCAUGCAGAUCGGCGACCUGUUCCCGGAAAGGAGCUACGAGUUUUCCUUGAAGAGAGUCCAAGCCUCCAAUUUAGUCUAUGAUUUGUGGACUGACACGCUUAUGCUCACAACCAUGUCUCUACCUGCAGGAUCAGCUGGGAGCAAAACUUAAAGGAUCAGGGUGCAAUACUGGAAAUGAGGAGUAAUCUGUCGUACUUCAAAAGACAAAGAUGAAAAGAUAAAGAAGCACUAUUCAUCAUACCUACUUGCAUCAUUUGUUCCAAAAACAAACAUAUUCUUUAUGAAAAUAAAAUACAUUCUUUUUCUCUGAUAUUAUCAAGUA